ACAGAGUAGAGGACAAAACAUCACCCGUGUUUAUAAAUUCACUUCCACGCUGGAGAUCGUCACCGUAAUGCAGGUGUAAAAGAGUUCUUCCCACAUUCGCGAAAAACCGUCGCCCUCGGCGCCCAAUGUGCUACCAGCGAACAGUAAAUAGAUCAGCGCAUCUAGUUUGGCUUAACUUAUGAUGGUUUAACCGAGACCACUUUAGUCCCACAGCCGUAGUGUUUCAUCGUGCGCACAGUAGUUGCCGUUCGUUUAGGUUAACCUUAUCUUAAGCUUUUGUUUUUUUCCUUCUUUUGUACGGAAAGCACGCGUAAGGCUUUUGUUUUGCCAAUAGAGACACCGUUUCGGGUGCCAUAUCUCGCUAGAGCAUAGCUAUUAAGAACAACGUGUAAGCUAUCCGCUUCCCCAGGUAGUAGGGAAGCAGCAAACAGCGAAGGAAGUAGUUAUAACACUUUAAGACAUAAGAAGACGAUAUCGGUUCUUUUGGGCACAAUGGCAGGCUUUAUGUCGGUGCUCAAGCAAUCGACGCUUGUACACCUUUGCUUUGCUAUUUCGUUUUUCACCUCCGGUUUGAUCAUCAACACCGUACAAUGCGUGCUGUACCUUGGUUUGAAACCAUUCAACAAGCAUCUUUACCGAACGAUCGGAUACUAUCUCUGUUAUUCGUUUUACUCUCAGCUCGUCUUUCUGGCCGAUUGGUGGUCGGACACGAAGCUGAACGUUUACAUUAGCGAUGAGGAUAUGAAGUACUGUGGUACGGAGCAUGUGUUGCUACUGAUGAACCACACGUACGAGAUCGAUUGGCUGCUGGGGUGGAUGCUCUGCGAGAAGGUGCGCGUGUUGGGCAACUGUAAGGCGUACGCCAAGAAGGUCAUCCAGUACAUCCCGACCAUCGGUUGGGCGUGGAAGUUUGCAGAGUUUGUGUUUCUGGAACGUUCGUUCGAGAAGGAUCGUGAAAUCAUUGGUCAGCAGAUUAACGAAAUCCUGGACUACCCUGAUCCGGUGUGGUUGCUUUUGAACGCAGAAGGUACACGGUUCACCGAGCAGAAGCACGAAGCGUCGGUAAAAUUCGCCCAAGAAAAGGGUAUGGUACCGCUGAAGCAUCAUUUAAUUCCCCGCACUAAAGGUUUUACUGCUAGUUUGCCCUUCUUGCGCAAAAAAUGCCCCGCUGUGUUAGACAUUCAGUUAGCUAUCAGCAAGGAUUCGAAGGUAAAACCAACCAUUUUCAACAUUUUGAACGGUAAACCAAUCGAGGCGCACUUGUGCGUACGACGUUUUCCCACCGCAACGCUGCCAGAGCGCGAAGAAGAUGCUGCGGUUUGGCUGCAGGAUCUGUUCCGCGAGAAGGACCUCAUGCAGGACAGUUUCCACCGUACUGGUAAUUUCUUUACCGAUUCUGGCGUUGCCGAGCGGCCAAAAUUGCAGCUACACCGUCGACCAACGACACUCGUCAAUACCGCCUUCUGGGUUGUGGCCACACUCACACCAAUGCUGUACUAUCUGAUGAAACUGCUGUUCAGUGGCGAGAUUCUUUACUUUUCCAUCGGCGCUGGAAUUAUCUUUGCCUUCUACAUGCUGAUGGUGAAAGCGAUCGGUAUGUCAAAGAUCAGCAAAGCAUCAUCGUACGGUGCGGAAAAGCUGAAGAAUGGUCACAGUGCCAGCCACGAACCUUCGGCCCCCUUGGAAGAAUCAUCGAAGGAUAAGUAAACCCGGCAUCGGUAGAAUCAAUGUUGUUGCAGUGGAACCCGUAGCUCAUUAUUGCGUUUCGUGCAAGCUGGAAAAGAUGUUUACACCACCUGCAGACACUAUUUACACCCCACCCUUAUGGCCCGAUAUGUUGUUCAUGAUGGUCUGCCCCCUUUCUUAGUAGCGCAAGUUUGACCCUUAUUUGAAGGGGAAUCGGGGGACACAUCAGGAAGAUUAAAGAAGGUACGUACCGUGUGUGAUGAGCGAAGCAGGGAAAAGUCUUUUGUACAUGCAUAGAUGCGAUAUAUAUACAAAUGAUGGUAUACACCAAUGAUAAACCUGUGCUUGUUAAGAAAACUUAAGCACAAGCGCACGUUCGGCGUUUUGCAGUAAUAGGAAAGGACACCUUUAUAGUGUGCCAAAAACAACCAUCAUCAAAGUGGAAUUAUUAAAAAAAGUAAAAAAAACAAAGGAAUGGACCAUUUUGAGCCACGAGCAGCUAUAUGAAGGAAGGGAUAUAUAAGCUAUUUUAUAACAGUUUAUUUAUUGGGUCCAAGAUCCAGACAAAAAACAAACAAAAGAAUGUAGCAACGCAGAAACUACCUACCUAAACAACCAUACGCGACAAAACAAAGAAAACCAAGAUUAAAAGUAAGGCACAUUUUGGGAUGAAUGUGGUAAGUAACAGUGUGGUUUUAGUAGCAAACAGAACAUUAAAUAGGCGAAACGCUAAUGUGGAGAUACGAUAAUAUGUUGCGAAACAAACGACAAACAGAGCAUUAAAAUCACAUAAUGAUUUAGAGUUUAACAGUAGAUUUAGUAUUACGGGAACUUGUUUUUGAAGUCUCUACUUUAUCUUAGCUUUGUGUUUGAACUGCUUGAACUAUUUUGUUUACCGUUUCAUUUCAUUAUCGCUCGUGCUUCCUUUACAAAGAGGAAUUUUACAGUAAGGAUAUUUUGUUGAAAUUAAUUUACAUUUAAUUACAGUACAUAUAAAGCGUUCCACGGGACAAAUGGGUAGUCGCUAUGGUCACAUACGGUUAAAACCAUUUGCAUCCAGACGUACCCGUUUAUUCAAGCCGUUAAUGAAUCCUUUUUUGUCCUUUUUGAAAUCCAUAUUCGUAGAUUUGAUUAUAACAUUACAUUUUUAAGCAUUCUUCCUUCAAGCAGGAACACGAUUAGAUGUUGUAUACUUCCUUUUUCGAAUUGAACUCCUUUUUAUAUACUUACAGUAAAGUUUUGUUAUUCAACAUUUACAAACGUGUGUCGCUUUCUGUAAAAAAAACGAAAGACUUAAACAGCAUAAUAAGUAACACACACAGAGACGUAAAAGGCCAAUUUGUUA